GUGCGUGAGCGUGCGUGAGCGUGCGUGGGCGCGUCGGCCGGCGAGGGAGCAGCAAACGGCCGGCGGCGGGCGCCGCGCAGGGGGCGGGCGGCGCGGAGUAGGCGGCGGCGGCCAUGGCCGAGGCGUCGCCGCAGCCCGGACGGUACUUCUGCCACUGCUGCUCCGUGGAGAUCGUCCCGCGCCUGCCGGAUUAUACCUGCCCAAGAUGCGAGUCUGGUUUCAUCGAGGAGCUUCCAGAAGAGACCAGGAGCACAGAAAAUGGUUCUGCCCCCUCCGCAGCCCCCACGGACCAGAGCCGGCCGCCACUGGAGAACGUGGACCAGCACCUGUUCACGCUGCCUCAGGGCUACGGACAGUUUGCUUUCGGCAUCUUUGACGACAGCUUCGAGAUCCCCACGUUCCCUCCCGGGGCGCAGGCUGACGACGGCAGGGACCCUGAGAGCCGGCGGGAGCGAGAGCACCAGUCCCGGCACCGGUACGGCGCCCGGCAGCCCCGCGCCCGCCUCACCACGCGGCGGGCCACCGGCCGACACGAAGGCGUCCCCACGCUGGAAGGGAUCAUCCAGCAGCUCGUUAACGGCAUCAUCACGCCCGCCACCAUCCCCAGCCUAGGUCCUUGGGGAGUUCUGCACUCAAACCCUAUGGACUACGCCUGGGGGGCCAACGGCCUGGACGCCAUCAUCACACAGCUCCUCAAUCAGUUUGAAAACACGGGCCCCCCACCGGCAGACAAAGAGAAAAUCCAGGCCCUCCCCACCGUCCCCGUCACCGAGGAGCACGUAGGCUCUGGGCUCGAGUGCCCCGUGUGCAAGGACGACUAUUCGCUGGGCGAGCGCGUGCGGCAGCUGCCCUGCAACCACCUGUUCCACGACGGCUGCAUCGUGCCCUGGCUGGAGCAGCACGACAGCUGCCCCGUCUGCCGAAAGAGCCUCACGGGACAGAACACGGCCACGAACCCCCCGGGCCUGACUGGGGUGAGCUUCUCCUCGUCGUCCUCCUCCUCCUCCUCCAGCUCGCCCAGCAACGAGAACGCCACAAGUAACUCCUGAGCCCGCGCCGGCCGGCACCCACCCCUGCCCACGGCGCCCGAGGCUGCGGCGAAGUGCGGGGCCUCUCCCCCAAACCCUCAGCCGGUGCCGCGUGGCACCCGCAGACCGGGUGCCCCCGCGGUGCCGCUCUCGGCUGGUCAGCACUGCGGCCCGGCCUGUUCCAGGGCAAGACCCGGGCCCGGCCCACCGGCCCCCUGGCUUGGGAAGGCGUGGCCACACGGCCCCUCUGGGGCACCCCAGCCUCCCUGUCCUGUCUAACCUCACCCUUUAAACGUUCAGCGGCGGAAAGAUUUUUAUAAUUUUAAAUUAUUACUGCUUUGAAAUAAAUGGACGUUUUAGCUCACAUGGCAGCCAUGCAUGAUCUGUGGCAAGACGGGGCCCAGCUGCUCCACCAGCGCUGUGAGCACCGCCAGGACAGCCGUGUGGGCCCCCAGCCUCCGCCUCGGCCGCCUCCACGACCCAGAGUUUGGGGGCUCGGGACCAUGAGGAUGACCAGCAAAAUUCAAGAACAAAACUGCUCCAGCAGACUUUUUUAAAGGAAAAAAUAUGUGUAUCUUGAAAGCUAUUUAAAAUACACCACUUACAAAGAGAA